AUGCAUUUGACCUCACUGAUUACCGCCGCUGGCCUGGCUGUCUCCACCACCAGCGCUUUCCUAUUACCUUUCCCCGAUCCAUCCGAAGCCGAUACUGUCACCACUUUGCCCGUGCCUCUCGACACAGAUUUCAAAGUCCAGGUUCCUGAGGCAGCCGAGGCCCAGAAGCUCGAGUUGCCUUGCCCAGGAUGCCCAGUCCGCGUUGGCCACCACAAGGGCAAAGACGCCAAGAUCAAGACUGAUAUCCCGAGUCAUCUGGAGUUAUCCUUUAACAUUGAACAUGGCGUCGAUCACGACCGCUUCAUGGUGAACGACUUUGAGCUCUACCCCCACUCAGCCACAUUGAAAGAUACCCUCGGCGCACAAGUACGACCAGACCACAAGGAGGGUGGCAAGGGUAAAUUGCCCGGCCACAGGAAGCAACAUCAACCUUUCAUCCAGCCUCUUGGAUAUGCGCUGGGCACGACACCGGUCGCCAAGAGCACCGAAGAUGACCUCGAGCUCGUCCAGCUAAACCUACAGAUCAUCGAGGUGGGCAAUGUCUUUGUCGACGGAGUGCCAAGCAUCGAGGUCAAGAUCAUCAAGACGCCCGAGGGUGGCCUGAUGAUUGGCGGAAUCGAAACCGGCCCCUCAGAGCCUCUUCAAAAGACCCCCAUGGACAAGCCCGAGGAUUGCACCACCAUGCUGUGCAGAUGGAAGGCUAUGCUCUCUGGACAAAUGGGACGUUUCCGAGGCCACUGCGGUGGCAGCCGCCGUCCUAGUCACGCUGUUGACGAGCAAGAGGAGGACGUCCACCAACGCCCUCACUCUGGCCAUAGCCAAGCCCCCCACGGCCAGCAACACCGUCACCGCUUCACCCACCUUCUACGAAACAUCGCCAUGCACAUCCUUUUGCCCGUCGCUGUUGGUGUUGUUGCCGGUAUCACUGCUAGCAUCCUCGGCAUGUUGGUCGGAACUGCCAUCGUCUUCGUCUGGCGUAAGCUCUUCCGAUCUGGAUCUGCUGGCACGCGUCGCCACCACCACCGCAGCGGACACUCGACUCACAAGGCCGCAUCUACUGAGGCUUCUGGCGCUGACGAGAAGGCUGGUCUGAUGUCGAACCAGGAAGAGGUCGAGGCACCCCCCGCUUAU